AUGAAAGACAUAUAUGACAUCAGCGAGCUCUCUCCACACGUGCCCGAUCCACCGGUGAGCCACAUGACGGUGGAGCAGAAGGCGGAGAUGGAGUUUGGCCCGUUGACGAGCGACAAGUGGCUCUCGUACGCCCAGCACGACCCGAACGACGACAUCAAGCCGAGCGUGUUGGACGACCCGCCCUACUUCAUCGUGCUCACGACGUACUUGGACUACCUCAUCUUCAUCUUGAUCGGCCACAUCAAGGACUUCUUUGGCAUGACCUUCAUGCCGCAGCACUACUCGGCAAUGGUGACCAAAAACGGCUACCCGCCGUGGUACUCCGCGUUCGAGUCCUUCUACCCAAGACGGUUGAAGAGGCGCUUGGACGACUGCUUCGCCAUUCCGAUCCACGGCGUCCCCGGCAGAUACAUCAACUGCUACAACAGAGCCACGCCGGACUACAACGAGACCUUCUACUACGACGGCACGUCCAGACCCUCCUUGAACUUGUCCUCCUACAACUACUUGGGCUUUGCCCAGAGUGUCGGGAUCUGCACCGACGACGCCGUCAGCUCCGUCCAAAAGUACGGCCUCUCCUCGUGCGGACCUAGGAACGUCAUUGGCAACACCGACUUGCACGUCUACACGGAGAAGAUCUUGUCCAGGUUCUUGGGCAAGGAGGACUCCUGUGUGUUCAGCAUGGGCUGGGGGACCAACGCCCACUUGUUCACCUCCAUGGUAAACUCGAAGUGCUUGGUCAUCUCGGAUUCCUUGAACCACUCUUCCAUCAGAUUCGGUAUCAGACUCUCCGGCGCUGCCGUCAAGGUCUUCCCACACAACGACAUGGACGCGUUGGAGAAGAUCUUGAGAGAAGCCAUUUCCCAGGGCCAAGCCAAGAGUCACAGACCUUACAAGAAGAUCUUUGUCUGUGUCGAAGGCUUGUACUCCAUGGAAGGUACCUACUGUAACUUGCCAGCCUUGGUCGCUUUGAGAGAAAAAUACAAGUACUACUUGUUUGUCGACGAGGCUCACUCCAUUGGUGCUUUGGGUGCCAACGGUCGUGGUAUCUGUGAGUACUACAACAUCGAUCCGAACAGAGUCGAUAUCUUGAUGGGUACGCUCACAAAGUCGUUUGGUGCCGCUGGUGGGUAUGUCUCUGGUGACAGAAAGGUGAUCGAGAGACUCAGACUCGACAUCACUUCCAACACGUAUGGUGAAAGCAUGCCUCCAGCAGUGUUGCAGCAGAUCGCCACGUCGAUGAGAAUCAUCGCCGGUGAAUUGAACGGGAACGAAGGUAAGGAGAGACUUCAGAGAAUUGCCUUCAACUCCAGGUACCUCAGAUUGGGAUUGAAGAGAUUGGGCUUCAUCAUCUACGGUGCCGACGACUCCCCAGUCAUCCCCUUGUUGCUUUACAACCCAUGUAAGAUGCCGGGCUUCUGCAGAAAGAUGUUACAGCACGGUGUUGCCGUGGUCAUUGUCGGGUACCCUGCCACGGACAUCAUCUCUUCGAGAAUCCGGUUCUGUAUGUCUGCGGCCUUGACGAAGGAAGACAUUGACAAGAUCUUGGCAAUCUCUGCAGACAUCGGAGACACGCUCAACUUGAAGUUCAGCUCGGGUAUUGCCGGCGGUGAGAAGAAUCCAGGAGACUGGAAGAAGGGUAUCAGACCUAGAUGGUCCAUUGAAGAAGUUUUGGCUAAAACCCCUGAAGACUGUAAAAAGAAAAUCAUAUACUAA